AUGGACACAUCGCAAAUGCAGACGCCGCCUCCUACGAGAGACGCAACUUCACGGAGGGGUCAACAUCAGAGUAUAGGGAAUGAAUUUGCCACACCUGCUACCGUGACCUCACGGACAUCGGGCCAAGUGCAAGCACCUGAUGGACUCUUCAAUCAAACACCAUUCGGCUUUCCAGCUCUCCAGUUCUCGCCCGAUAUGGUGCAAUUUCCAAGCACAGGGCCGAUGUCGGCGCCUGCUCUUCCUCACUCGCGCUUGUUCUGGGAUCAGCCGAGUGAUGGAAGUGGCAUGGAUGUAGACAUGCCCAUCUCAUCAGAUCCCUUUGGUCCAACCCCACACAAGAUCGACGGCACUCUAAAUUGGCAGACAUUCCAUACUCCAGCUAACCAAAUGGAUCCUCAGGCUUUUCAAGCUCUGCAUGGCAUGUCUUCUCCUGGUCCUGUUCCCUCAUUUGCAGCGAACAAUCCAGGUCCCACUGAGAGUUCACAUUCGCGGCCCAACUCUUUCAUUUCCACUUCUGGGGGCGUUGAUCCUAGCAUGUUGUUCAGCUUCUCUAGUCCGGGACCAGCUUCUUCGUUUAGCAACCCGACACAGCCGAUGAACGUAAAUCAUGAAGGGAGACAGCCUUAUGAAACACAGGUUCGGGAAUCGCUUCGGGAAAGGGAGUCGGCCAAAAUAGUAAAGAGCCAGCACUCACGGACAAAUACUAACUCGUCCACUGCUUCCUUUGAAAACCCUAGACCAGGGUUGCAGCGUAGCAACACCGACAGUGGCUUCAGAAAGAGUAGGCCAUCAUCUAUGGAAUCAAAAUCGUCAGGAUCUGUACUAGGCUUUCACAUCCCUCGACGCUCGUCUCCUUUGAAGAGGCAGAGUGGCGGUUCCCUCACGUCCAUACCAGAGAUUCGACGACCAAGGACUCGGCUUGUCAUUGACGAAGACGGUCGGGCACGCACAGAGACUGUUCCUGCUGAGGACCAUGAUAAGCAGAGGGAUACUCGUGGGGGCUCGCAGAAGGAUUUAAGGCGCCAAUAUCCCGGUCUUUGGAUUGACGACGACAGCGAGUCGGAGCCAGAUGAGCCAGUCACUCUGAGUCGAAACGCGUCUUUCAACAUCCCACAACGCCGGACGUCAAAGCACGCUCGGACAGACAGUGAUGGCCUCGAUCGUUCUAAUUCCUUUAAGAUGCCGAGGCCCUCUUCGGGAGUCUUUGAGAAGUCCUCGUUUGAGACACUACGUCCUGUGAAGAAGGGGCAAGACAACCCCUUCCGGAGGUACAGCAUGAUGGACUUUCCUACCCCUUUUAGCGAUGUCAAAGAAAAUGAAGACCAGAAGAUGUCUGAUUCGGCCGGAGAUGCUCUUGGAGCUCUGAAGAAGGUAGUCGAGGGUCGACAGAAGCGGUUUGAACGCUCCUCUCAGAAUACCCUCCAGGCUCACAACCAACGCUGGGCACAAGCAUCUGCCGACAUGGCGCAUCAAAACACAAGUCCACACAGCCUAUACGACCCCUAUAGCAACUCAUUCAACGGAUCUCCGGCAACAAACACCGACGCCAGUCUCACCACACCAUCUACCGACCGAAGUAGUCUUUCGAGCGAGACUACACGCUGCGUCUGCAACUCUGCGGAUGACGGUCGGGCAAUGGUACAAUGUGAAUCAUGCACGAAAUGGCUCCACAUGGCUUGCGUUGGACUCAAUACCCACAAUCUUCCUCCUGUUUAUGUGUGCGUCUUCUGUACGGGACAAACUCCUAUUGCUAGAGGUGGGAGAAUACGUGGACCAAUGCCACCGUUCGACUCGCCGCUCACCCAUAAAUCGGUAUUUCGGCGCUAA